AUGUCUCAGCCCUCAGCCCAAGAGGACAACGCCAGUGCAAACAAUCCUGAUGAACAACCUCAUGAUGCUGCUGUUGCAGGUGACGGCGCCGGUGAGGGCGCCGGUGGUGGUAAAAAGAAGAAAAACAUAAAUAUCUCAUGGCCCGCCUUAAAAUUUUCCAUGGGCAAUCUUACGGUGACCUUCCAGGAUAUCAAUUUGUCCCGACUCUUCCGACGGAAGAAGAAGGAUAGUGAUGGACCACCCGAAACGACCUUCAAAGAGGCUUUCAAGCUAUACAAAAAAGAGUAUUUUGACAUAUGGGCCAGCCUACUGUUUUUGUUGAAUGUGUUAGCAUUUGUUGCUCUCUCCUCCUUCGUGACUGACAGAUACGCGAAAGGCGUCGACUUCGACGGACACAUCGUCAAUGACCCAUCGAAUAGCAUCGCACUAGAUUUGAAUGUCGUCCUGCUUUUGAGCGCUGUGCUUCCUCUCGCCGUUUCCGCCUCGGUAGUAUACUUUUUGGUCUUCUUAUUUUUUACGGAUAAAUUGGUUUGGGUCACUGGGUUAUUGAAUGUGAGUGCGAGUUUCGGCACUGGUGCUGUUUAUCUUUAUAGGCGCCAAUGGGCUAUCGGGGGUGUAUUUACUGGGCUUGGACUCUUCGCGGUUAUAUACUUCGUGAACUGGAUACCACGAAUCCCAUUCACUACAGUCUUGCUUCGAUCGUCGGCCGCUGUGAUAAGACGCCAUGGAUCGGUGAAUAUGAUCUGCAUUAUGGGAAGUAUGCUCACAGUCGGAUUCGCUGCGUUGCUUUUCGUGACGCUCGUCACGACUUAUAUUGCAUUCGAUCCAGACGAAACGAAACCAAACCCUCUUUGUUAUAACUACAGAUGCAAAUCUAUUGCGACGAAGACGCUGAUGACGUUUUCUGUCCUUUCCGCCUAUUGGAUCACUGAGUGGAUCAAGAAUACUAUGCAUGCUACUGUCGCUGGAGCGUAUGGCUCAUGGUAUUUCUAUGGCGGCAACUCAAAGGAGAUGCCAACGAGACCAUUGAGAAGUGCUUCAAGACGGGCCAUCACUUAUUCCUUUGGUAGCAUAUGCCUUGGAAGCCUGGUCGUCGGUGUGGUUGACUUGCUGCGCCAGCUGUGCAGCAUCUCCGGACAGGAAGUGGUUGCUGAUCAAACUAUCGUCGGGAGGGCCACAACACAUGUUGUGAGAGGAAUAAUGAGCUCGCUUCGACGAGUGACCAGCGUUUUCAAUCGAUAUGCAUUUUCCCAUGUGGUACUGUACGGGAAACCCUAUGGGUUAGCGGCUAAAUAUACGUGGCAAAUGAUGGAACACCACGGUAUCGAUGCGCUCGUCAACGAUAGUAUUGCUGCAACUACUGUAACCCUGGGAUCUCUGUUUGUUGCGUACCUUUGUGCAUUUGUAGCAUAUGUCGAGUUGGGAUAUACGACACCGGAUUUCAACAGAACUGGGAGAUUCACACCCGCUAUCAUGGCAUACGCGUUCCUCUGCGGGUUUCAGAUUUGCAAAGUGUAUAUGACACCAGUAGUCAGUGGGGUGGACACAACGUUUAUGGCGAUGGGGUUGGAUCCAGAAGUUCUUGUGACCCAGCACCCAGAUCUGUGGGAAGCCCUGUUACGUGUUUACCCUCGGAUACAGGAUAGGAUUAAUCCCUGA